AUGGGGCUGCCAGCACGCUGCCCGGGACCCUGCUCCGUCCUCCUGGCGCUGACCCUGCUGCUCACGGGACCCGGCACGGUGCUCGGCCUCGGCCAGAACGACACGGAGCCCAUAGUGCUGGAGGGGAAGUGCCUGGUGGUGUGCGACUCGAACCCGUCCUCGGACGGAGGAGUUACUUCCUCGCUCGGGAUAUCCGUGCGUUCCGCCGGGGCGAAGGUGGCAUUUUCCGCCGUGCGCGGGACCAAUCACGAGCCUUCCGAGAUGAGCAACACGUCCAUGACCAUCUAUUUCGACCAGGUUUUAGUGAACAUCGGCAACCAUUUCGACCUGAAAGCCAGCGUGUUCCAGGCUCCGAGGCGGGGGAUCUAUAGCUUCAGUUUCCACGUUGUAAAGGUCUACAACAGACAAACCAUACAGGUGAACCUGAUGCAGAACGACUACCCGGUGAUCUCUGCGUUCGCCGGUGACCAGGACGUCACGAGAGAAGCGGCCAGCAACGGGGUGCUGCUGAUGGUGGAGCGCGAGGACCGCGUGUACCUGAAGCUGGAGCGGGGAACCCUCAUGGGCGGAUGGAAAUAUUCCACCUUCUCGGGCUUUCUGGUCUUCCCCGUAUAAUCCCGCAAAACCCCGCGGAUUCCUGCCCCCCCCCCCUCCCCCCUCCCAACCAUCACCCCUCCCCGCCCCCUCCCCCCCUCGAUCCGUGGCGCACGUGACUCUCCUUGGUCUUCUCGGAGGUCGAGGGGAAGGGGAGAAGACCCCCCCCCCCACACACAAAGACCACAUCCCCAUUUUAUUCUGAACUGAAAGGAACGGGUCAGCCAAGGAAGCCGACGACGAAUAUCUGUAUCUCUCUCUACACUUGUCUACUACUAUAUAGUCAAAUAUAAACGUUUCCUUGGAGUUUCAUAUAUACACGUCAAUCAAUCAAUCGAUCAAUCAACUUCAACGCAGUCUGGAUGGUGAACCCACAGUUUGAUCGGCCCGUGCGUUAUGUGCGCUCGUCGGGUGUUUGGAUUUGUAUCGCUUGGAAAAACUAACUUUGCCCGAGAAAAAGGCACAAGACAUAAUGUACUUGGGGGAGGAUGGACCAGAAUAAGAGGAGAUUUGGGAGAGGAGCGAGUGUUUGCCGAGCUGCAGGCUGCGUGUGUGGUGCUCUGUUUUAUGUUUGUAUAGCCCUUUGGUUUCCGUCCAGGUGAGAUGUGUGGGAUUAUUACGCGCAUCCAGAGAAGUGCGCUAAAAAGCCUUUUUUUUGCACGAGUGGAAGAUCUUUUUUUUUUGGUUUUUGUUUUGUGCUGUCCAUGGUUGUUGCGUUUGGAUGCUGAACCUCUUAUUGAAAAUAAGCCAAAUGUAGGCCGCCUACUAUUCAGAGUUUAUUAAAAAGACUAAAAAAAGGCGACAUAUUUCAGCCAUUGGAGACGAUUUAGAGCCCUUUUAUUAAAUAAUAUAUUAUUUAUAAAAGUACAUAUUCCGAUUACUUGUGUGUUCUCUAUACAUUUCAGAUCUG